CCAACUGCACUACCCUUCAAACCUUCAUUUUGAACAGUCAUUUGUUCUCAUCAUGAAGCGACACUCGAGAUCUGACAGUAUGGGAAAUAUUCCAGAGAAUGAUAUUGAAAAAAUAGAACAAUCCGCUGUAAAAGGAAAUGUUAAGAUCAAAAGGGGAAAAGUUAACUUAAUAAAGCAAUAUUUGGUGGAUUAUUCCGCUAACUCGAAUCUUCAUGGUCUUAAAUAUAUUGGGGAAAAGGAACGAACUUCAGUCGAAAAAUUUUUUUGGCUCUUCAUGUUCACUUGCUGUGUUGUACUCUGCGCCGGUCUAAUACGUAAAGUAUGGUUAAAAUGGAACGAAAGCCCUGUGAUUGUUAGCUUUGCAGAAAAUUCCACACCCGUGUGGCAGAUACCUUAUCCAGCUGUAACGGUGUGUUUUGAAACAAAAGCUCAACAAACGAAAUUUAAUUUUACAAAAUAUUUUCACCUCUACAACAACGCAAGCGCUAAUGGAAACCUAACAGAUGAAGAGCGCCAUUUAUUUGAAGACUUGUCUUUGGUAUGUGAUGAUCAUCUUGCCCCUACUGGAGGAAGAAAAUUUUCACUUGGAAAUGAAACUGUUGAAAAUCUUAAGCAAGUAUCACCGAAUAUAACUGAAGUAUUUUUGGGAUGUAAAUGGAAAGAUAUACCAAAAAACAGUUGCUCCGAUUUGUUUUCACCUAUUUUGACGGAAGAGGGGCUUUGUUACACGUUCAACACUAUGGGCGCUGAAGAACUGUUUCGGACUGAAAACCUAAAUACUGACUACGAUUAUCUAGAGUAUUCAAAUAGAUCGCAAACUUGGUCCUUAGAAACUGGAUAUCCUCCAAAUACACCGCUUGAAACUUAUCCACACAGAGGAACGGGCUAUGGAGCAAAAGCUGGAUUGGUAUUCCUAUUAAGAGCUAAACAAGUAGACUUAGAUUAUCUUUGCAGAGGUCCAGUGCAAGGUUUUAAGAUUCUAUUACACAAUCCAGCCGAAUUGCCACGAUUAUCACAGCAAUAUUUUAGAUCUCCUCUGUCUCAAGAAGUAGUCGUAGCUGUCAAGCCGAAAAUGAUGACGACGUCAGAAGGACUAAAACCUUACAAUCCAAUCGGACGUCAAUGCUAUUUCCCAAGUGAACGCUACCUGAAAUAUUUUAAAGUGUACACGCAAGCCAAUUGCGAAAUGGAAUGCCUAACCGAAUUUACUUAUGCGAGAUGCGGUUGCGUCCACUUUGGCAUGCCACAUGGUCCCGAAAUGCAAGUAUGCAAUGCGGGGAGCGUAGGUUGCAUAAAACAAGCACAAAUGGAAUUAGUCACAGUUGAAAUACAAAGUGGUUUGGAGAAAGAAACUAAUGAUAAUGAUACUCUUGGUGAAGCUCGACGAGUAGCUGCAGAAUGCAAAUGUCUACCAGCUUGCACUUCUAUUGAGUAUGAAGCAGAAACAUCACAGGCCGAUUACGACUGGAAAGCAAUUUUUAAAGCUUUCAAUUUACCAAUAGACGAAGAGGAUAAAGACCUUUUAUAUGCACGUGUAAUGAUUUUUUUCAAAGAAGCCCAGUUUAUUACUUCACGGCGUUCAGAGCUCUAUGGUCAAACAGAUUUUCUAGCCAACUGUGGCGGUCUACUUGGGCUUUUUAUGGGCUUUUCGAUACUUAGCGUCGUCGAGAUCUUGUAUUUUCUUACACUCAGACUAUUUUGCCUACUGUGGAAACGCCAUCAAUCUAAGAAACGAAACCUUUUAAAGAAUAAUGCAGAAACUCCGACGAACGGAAAACUUAAGGAUCUGCAUAUUUAUUAAUAUUUAAUCACGCAAAGAUUAACAUAUUUUAAAUAUUUUUUUAUUAAUGACUGCGACGUUUUGCACAAUUACUUCUGCACUUGUUUCAAAUGAACGAAUAAAUAACUUUUUGAAGAAAUACCUAUGAAUUUAAAUGUUUUAGAUCUAAAAAUA